AUGGCAAUGAUUCAAGCUACCAAAAAUCGAGUGUCUUUCAUCAUGGAAUUGAGACCGUGUAAAGAAGGCAUACAGCCAAAGCUCGCUGCAGGUAAUUGUUUCGAUCUUCCAUCAGACUACUUCCAGCAGCUACCAAGUGAUCUUCGUCUCGAUUUAAAUGAUGCUGCCUUUGAUCUCUCUAAUGGACCCAUCAUCGAUGAGCCUUUGGGAGGCGUCUGGUAUCUGCCGGAAAAAGGUUCAAGGGCAUGGGACAGUAUGGUCAAGGUGAAUUACAGAAGAACUAACGUUGCUGAGAACUCACAGAUUGCUAAAGCGAUGAUUACAACUGGAGAGGUCCUGUCUGCAAAUACAUCACCUGCUUCAGUCGGUAAUGAAUCCAUGUCAAACACGAGGAUGUUUAAGUUCGGAGAGCUUCAGGUUGCUGUGAGUCCAGAGAAAGCAUACGCCGGAGCAGCCAUUGCAUUUGUGUUUGGGUAUUCUCUAAGAGGGUCUCUUCUAGCUAUGUUUUAUGCGUCAGCCGUCUUGUCAGGCUUCACAACAGCUGGCCUCCUCCUUCUCGCUAAGCAGCUUUCAUCAGAGAAAGACUCAUAA